GAAGCAACACCAAAGGCUGCUCUGGAUUUGAUGGAUAUAGAGGGACUCGGUCUUUUCCAUGUCAAAAGUCAUUUGCAAAAGUAUAGACUGGGCAAGUUUUCAGUGAAGGAGUGGCAGGACACGGCAAAAAAUGUUUCUCAACUUGUGGGAGGUUCACGCGGUAUUACUUCUUUGAACUCGGUACCACCCCGAGCCAAUGGGUAUAACAGGGGCCGUAAAGCUAAACAAACUCAAAAGCCCCAAAAGGGAAUUCAUGGAAAUCUCUAUCUGCAAAUGGAGGCUCAGAAGCAUGUUCAAAGGUGUCUGGAGGCACAAAGGAGGUACCUGAACACUGCACUAGAACGCGCAUGCGAGAAGCUGACUGAUCAGUAUUUAUGCAAUGCAGCCACUGAAAAUGCAACUCUGUAUGGGCAACCCCCAGCUAAUUUAGGCACUUUCACAACGAUGUCUGGCCCAUCUGAUUUACCAAUGCUGUAUGAGCAGGCCCCGGCUAAUUUAGGAGCUUUCACAACAAUGCCUGGCACAUCUGAUUUAGGAACCAUGGCCACAAUGCCACAGUUUUAUUUCAACCAGCAGAAUGCAUUUCCUACAUAUGACACACUGACAACCCAAGCCAAUCUCGGUGCAUUUCCUACAUAUGACACAUUGACAACCCAAGCCAAUCUCGGCCUUCAAGAGGUACCUUUUGGUUAUCAGCCCCAAACCUCUCUUUACCCUGCAUCUGAAGGCUUCUCAACUUCAUAUGGCGGCUGUUCCUCAAGUUCAUAUCAGGAAACUUUCCCUGCACUUACUGGCAAUGGGAAGAAAAGGGUCCGGCCUGCUGAUGAGGACCCGACAGAAGCUUUUUUGAACUGGGAUGAUAAUGAACCAAUGAACCUCGAUGCUGGCUUGAACUUCGACAACCUUCAAGGCUUUCCUGGCACAUUUUAAGUAAUAAUGUGUAAGGACUAAAGCCAGUUUCAGUUGUAAGUUUCAAGACUUUCGAUCCUUGCAUAAGACUAGUAACUGUAACUCUUCCUGUCUGUCCAUAAAUAACAAGGAAAAAUAGUAUCUAGUUUGCCCUUCUUGAUGAAUUAUAAUCUUGUUCAUCAAC